AUGGAUCAGGACUGGGCCGCCCGAAAACGGCAGAGGGAUGAUGAGGUCGACCCGAUGAUGGACGGCCUCGCCAGUCCUACACAGCACCGUAAUAAACGCAUCCAGUCACUACCGUUGCGCAUGUCACCACCACAUAAACGAUGGUCUGACCCGACGAAUCUAUCGUCAGAGUCAAUGGCGCCGACUCGCCUCACGCCAGCAAACUCCGACUCUGAUGAGAUGGGCCCUGCCAUGGACGUUGACAUGGGAAUGAUGGUCGACAAUGGCUCUUACCCCCUUGUCGAUGCUGCCAAUGCCGGCAGGAUGCCAACUCCCAUGUAUCCCGAGUUCGCCGCCCAGGUGAAGGGCAACAUGUGGGCGAGCCAACGGCCGACUCUGCCCGACCUAGACGAGGGCUUCUGCGAGCAUCGCCAUACCGCGGACGCAUCGGUUCCACGAUCGCUUCCAGGAGCCGAGUGGUCCAUUGCGCAGGACCGUCGUCUUCCCUCCCCAAUUAGUGAACUGGGGACAGAGGAUGCUCCGAUGACGCCAGGAAUGGAUUGGGACGACGACUCGGCGCCACAACGGCCAUAUCUGCCGCACGCUCCAGACUCGAUAAUCCCGACCGGCGGCAUGGUUCUUCAUCCCAACAUCCACACACCACAGCAGCAUCACACCGAUAUGGACGCUGGAAUGUCCGAUGCCGACGGUGGCUCCCCCUCCUCGGCGCCAGCCUCGCCAUCUCCCCGUGGCAAGUUCGGACACUGCAGGAGCAAGCACACCCUGAGCUCGUGGACCGCAGGUCAACCUGGCAUGAAAAAGUCCUUCAGUAUAGGCUACCGAGCGGACUGCGAAAAGUGCCGCCUGAAGAUCCCUGGCCAUUUCAAUCACAUCAUUGUGUCUUAA